AUGCAAUUAUAUAUAAUACCAACUUCAGGAACACACGAUCCGAAUUACCAAACUCUGGCCGGUGUCGGUGGUGACGUCUUUGGAGCAGACAAAAAAGGCGCUGAAGGAGGUGCACCGAAGCCUGCAGCUCCUGCUGUCGGUGGCAUCGCUGGAACGUACGAUCCCAACUAUCAAACCCUUGCCGGAAUAGGAGGUGAUGGUGCAAAAGCAGCUACCCAUGACCCGAACUACCAAACUUUGGCUGGUAUCGGUGGCGAUGUAUUCGGAGCGGACAAGAAAGGUGGUGGAGGAGGUGGCGGAGGUGGCGGAGGAAAGCCUGUAGCACCUGCAAACCAGCAAGCGAAAGCGGGUACUUUUGAUCCGAACUAUCAAACCUUGGCUGGAGUUGGUGGCGAUGUAUUUGGAGCGGACAAGAAGGCGGCUGGAGGUGGCGGUGGAGGGGGCGGAGGAAAGCCCAUAGCUCCUGCGAAUCAGGUUUGUGCGAUUUUCCUUUGUUUCAUAGGUUUUGCUUGGAUCACUAGCUAUUUAGUUCUUAAGUGA